AGUAGUUGCGUGUGUCCUCGGCUGCUUGACGGUCUCUGUGGUGGGGAGGAAACCAGAGUGAUUCAGGGUGGGAACUUAUAUCAGUGGGCUCUCUUUUCGCCUCUUCCCUCUUUGGCGCAUUCACCGUCGAGCUCAGCCUACUGUAGUUAGUUACCUCCCUGUGGUCCAGAGACUGGGGAAUCCACCUGCCGGAGAGCAGACACACCUCGGGAUGGAUGCCCUGAAAUCCGCCGGCAGAGCGAUUAUCAAGAGCCCGGGAGUUCCGCGGCACACAUGGGGAACUUCAAAGCACGAAAAGCUGCCAGAGAACUGGACGGACACCAAGGAGACCCUGCAGGAUGGGAUGGUGUUCAACGUGAAGUACCUGGGGAUGACUCUGGUGGGCCAGCCCAAAGGAGAGGACAUGGCCUCAGCUGCCAUUCGCAGAAUCGUUACCACGGCCAGGGCCAGUGCCAAGAAGUUUCGGAAAGUAACUUUGACCAUCUCUCCGAAAGGCAUCAUCAUGACGGACACAGAGACCACAGACCUCAUAGAAAAUGUCUCCAUAUACAGAAUCUCGUACUGCACAGCAGAUAAAACUCAGGAUAAAGUCUUUGCAUAUGUCUCUCAGAGUCAGUUCAAUGAGACCCUGGAAUGCCAUGCGUUUCUCUGCCAAAAGAAGAAGAUAGCUCAGGCUGUGACAUUAACUGUAGCGCAGGCUUUUAAAGUAGCGCUUGAUCUUUGGGAGAUUGCUCAGGAAGACAAAAGCAGGAAGGCCAGGACUUGCUGUUCUUGUGCAGCCAGCAAAGGGCAGACGGAGACAGCAGGCCCUCAGUGUGUUCCUUCUGAGCAACACAAGCCGCUUGUGAUGGAGGAGAAGCUCCGGAGGCCCUUCUUCUCCGCGUCACUCAGCUCGCCCUCACCUCGCAGUAACUCGACUCGAAGACGACCAAUCAAACACGACUCUUGGGAUGUUGACGAUGGACUCGAUGAUCCGUUUUCAAGACUGGCCGAGCCCUGCUCCCAACCCGUCUCUGACCAUGCAGAUCUGAGUCCCUGGGAAGUCUACAACCACAAUUUGUUAACCAUCUGCAACAAUCAGUUUGAAUAACUGGCAAAAGCUGCCCUAUGUACAGCACCACCGAAAAAUGACCGUGAAAUCAGACCCCUCAGGCCUGGAGACCAACAACACACCCCAAACAGACAAAACCAUGUCACGCAUUGAUUUCCUCUGGCUGCUGCAGAGAGGGCAAAAUGGAUACCUUGAUAUUAGAAACUGCUCUGUCUCAAUGUAUGUGUGCCAGUACACACUCCACUCGGACAUAUUCAGCCAUACUCUAACUGCUAGAUGAAAGGCACAACGUGCAACGCAGCACUGCAAGAUGAGUCAUCACACAGACGGAAGAGACCAAGAAUGGAGUCUCUUUAUAUUCCAAAUAUGUAAAAACAAACAACAACUGUGUACAUACAAUGAGACUCUCACCUCUUUCUGAAAUGUGAAAUGUCAUGUAAAAACAAAGAAGCAUCUAGGAUCCACUUUGGAAAUUACAAUAUUUGAAAGAAGCAUACACGUGAUGUUUAGAGAAUGGGGUACAGUGUUUAUUGCCAACAAAUCCCAAUGUAAAUGUUUAUUUUAAGGCCCAAAAGUCCCUAAAUAAGUACUGCCUACUUUCUGUAUCCAAUGACGUUAACCUCAUCUCUUGUUUUUCUUGAUUUAGUUUGUUAUGCAGCAGGUGAUCCGGUGGGGGUUACCUCAAAUAAUAAAAACAAUAUCAAACAAUAGAAAAAUUAAUGAUCUGACGACCGCAUUCGUUUUCAUGUUUUCAUCCACCAGGUGCCCUUUGCCCAAAACUUAACAGGAAUUGGGUAUUUUGAUAACAAAGCGAACAAUCACCAUGGAAACUGAGUAACUAAAUCUGCUGAAGAAGGCCAUGAGAUGUGGAUAAAAGCCUUGGAAGCUCAGGAGUGAAGCUUCAAACUCAAGAAAACAAAUAAACCACAUUCAGAUACAAAUGUAAGCAGCAGGGCAGAGAUGGCCUCACCUGCACUCUCUUUUAUCGGGCCAAGCUCCAAUAACAAUGGAUUCUACAUUUCCCAUAAACCCAUUGACAACUUGAAGGAAUAUUUUAUUAGACAUCCACAUAUUCCAAACUCAACUCCACUGAUUUGUGAAAAUAAGAAAGUAGAUAACUCUGAUUACAUAUUAUGACAUCAUCAGGUUACUUUUGAAGUAUAUUAAACCACACGACACAACAUACAGCUGUUUCCACAGACUCGGCUAUUCAUAACAAGCAAACUAUACUGCCAUGCCCCUCUUAGAGAACCACAUCUUUGUCUGAUUUAGAAAUAUUAAAUACAUUUU